UGUGUUUAUGUCGGGAAGUGAAGGCCGACAUGGUGCGCGAGGAGCUGGCGGUCCGCCUCAACGACCGGGAGUAUACGAACUGGCUGAAAGCCGGACGGUGUCUGCUCCUCCUGAAGGAGGGCCUGCACCCCUUCAUCACCCAGCACGCGCGCGCGUUCCACGGAGAUCUGCUCAAUCAAAACGCUCUGCUGCGUAAACCGUGUGUGACGUCAUCGUGCAGCCCGAGAGGGAAUCGGCUUUCCUCAGCAUGCAGGGCGUGUGCAGAGUGGCAGAAGGUGAUCCUGAGACACCGCAGGCAGCCAGAUGCCACUCUGAACUGGGACAACUGUCUCCCUCCCAACUGGAGAACAGACCACUGGGAGCUGGCCAAGGCCUUCAUGCCCCGGGGUCAAGGCAGAGUGAAGGGGGCCGAGCAUUGUGACGCCUCUGCUCUGCUCAACCUGAUCACCCACUGUGACUGUUUCAACUUUGUGGACCCAACAUUUGUGAGAGAGGUGAUCCGCUUCCGGAACGAGUUGAUGCAUUCCUGUGAGCUGCGUGUGACGGAUGAAUGGAUGAGACGCUUCCAGACCAGCGUGAGGAAGCUUGUGCUGCAGUUUGGCGACGUACCACAGAUGACAAGGGCUGGAAAGCAGAUCGAGGAGAUGCUGAGUAUCAAUUUGUCAAUAUACGUCUCUGGCUUGGACCGAAUGGAUUCCGCCGCCCUGGAGAAAAUCGAGAGCGAUUCUGUCAACCAAUGGGAGAUCAGCGCCGACCUGAUCGUCCAAUGGGAGGCUGAGUUGCUACAAGAGAGGCUGCGGGAGUUACUGCAAGCUGCAGACGAUGAUGCAGAGACGCAGGACACGGAGCAGCUGAAGAGGCUGGCCGGUUUCCUGCAGGCCAACAGCGAUCUGAGCGAGAGGUUUUCUUCAGAGCUCCAAGCCAUCAACCUGUCGGAGACCGGAGAAUAAAAGUAGGAGGUGAAAGGGAGUUUUUAUGUUUACUCCCUGAAAUGUGGCGAGGUCAAUGUCAAGCAGAUCGAGGGAUUUGUGAUGUAUGGAGAUUGUAUGUGUGUGUAAAGGAAGUCUUUUAAAAAGGUGAAUUAAAAAAGAAAUUGACCAAA